AUGAAGACUUUUACUGUUGCCGUUACUUCUUUCCUGGCAGUUGCUGGCCUUGUUACAGCAAUCCCAAUGCCUCAGGAUUCUGAACUGGCCAACAUAGUGGGUCAGAUGGCCACAAGUAUUGAUCCACCGGUUGGCCAAGGCAGACCUGUUGCUGCAGCUAAUGCUGGACAAUCUAUGGCUGAUCCGGGGAACGCAGCUGAGACGGCAGCGAAUGUGCUUGCUGGAGCUGGUAAUACCUUCAACGAAUCUCCAGGCGCUGCCCCUGCUCAAAACAAUGCACCGCAGUUACAAAACACAGUAAAUUCAGCGGAGGGAGUUAUCGGGACUCUAGUCGGAAACGUAAGGAAGUAA